GUGAGAAUAACGUUCUCUUGUCGGAUGAAUUUUGAUGAUUAUCCCCUGGAUGCCCACACCUGUCAGUUUCAAGUUGGAAGUUACUAUGAUACCUACGAGACAGUAACCUGCAAUUCACAUUUUAUUUAUGACGCAGAGCGUCAGCGCAGCCUUCAACAUUUUAUACAGAUAGAAGAUAUACCAGAGAAAUAUAGAAGCGUACGCUUACCUUCAGGAGAAUAUGCUGCCUGUGGGUUCCAGGUUCGACUUCAGAGAAAGAAAAUGCAGUACAUUGUUCAGGUUUAUCUUCCAACAUCCUUAUUCGUAAUCGUGAGCUGGGUCAGUUUCCUCAUUAAACCUGAGGUUGUUCCUGGAAGGAUGGCUCUACUAGUCACUCUCUUCCUUGUAUUAAUAAAUAUUUUUAACAGUGUCAGGUAGUUCAUUAAAGGGAGUGUGCACUCAACGGAACAAGAGGGUUUGUUGACAAUAGUUUGCAAUUAAAAUUCUAUUGGAGUCGUUGAAUUGUAGUUUUCAUGGUUAUUUCGAGUCUGAAUAAAAGCUGUAAA